AUGACGAGGGAGGAAUUCGCCAAGGGACGGGACGGUGCAGCAGCGGCAGGGAGGAACAAACUUACCUACAGGCUUUGGGUUUCCCGCUCUCCCAGUCUCGACCAGAGUCAGCGUAUGUCUGACCACGCCGCCAAGCCACAGGCCCAGUCUCCAUAUGGCUGGCUGGCUGCUGUCUUGCCUGAGCCUGUCUCGUCUGUGCUGUCUGAUUGUCUGCGGGGGUCGGGCGUACACCAUGGCGCCGACGUCGAUCAGUGGCCCAUGCCUGCUCUGAUCGGGGUCGUCGGAGGUGCUGGGAAACGAGCAUGCGAUCAGUGGGGAGAGGUGAUGGAUGGAUGGAAGGAUGGAACAUUUGGAUGGAAGGUUGAGGAAUUGUCGCUCAACGGCUUGCCAGCAUUCCAGCGAGUCCAGGGGAAUAACGCCAUCACAGCAGGUAGCUUAGAGCUUCAUGCCACUGAUGCUUGGCGAUGGAUGCCCGCCGCCAGUGCAGAAACAGCAGAUACAGCGCCUACAGACAGGGAUCGCCUCCGUGGCGGCGUUAUCAGUGAUAAGGGACCUGCGAUUCUCAGCAUCGGCUCUCGGCUGCAUGGUUUGUUUCACAUGAUGCCACAGUUCGGCGGAAAGAAAAAGGAAAAUAUGAGGCGGUCCUUUGCCAACAAUGGAUUGGGAUCAUCCGGUCGGUCCUCGAAAUCCAUCUGGUCCUCCAAUUUCCUCAUCAGACACCAGCUGCCAGGUCUGUCAGCUUGUCUGAGGCUGUGCAGCAGAGAGGGCAUUUGA